AUGGAUGACUUCGAAGAAGUCCGUCCACUGGGCCGCGGCGCCUUUGGCGAGGUUCUGCUGAUGAAGCAGACGUCCACAGGCUUGUUUUGCGCAGUGAAAAAGCUCGGCAGGGCAACGCUGACGGCGGGAGAGGAAGCUGAGCACCUGGCGGAGGUAAAGGCCCUGCAGGCUUUGCAGCAUCCGUGCAUCCUGCGGUACUACGGCUCCAUCCAGAGCCAAGACUCGCUAAGUCUGGUGAUGGAAUUUGCGGACUCGGGGGAUCUUCAGCAGCUUGUGAAGCAGCAAGCGGACUCUGACAGGCUCUACGAGGUCGCAGCGCUCCUGUCGAUCUUCGCGCAGCUGGUGGUGGCUGUGGCGCACGUCCAUGCCCACCGCGUCCUGCACCGUGACUUGAAACCCUCCAACGUCAUGGUGACCAGGGGCCUCAGCUGCAGUGGCCUGCUAAGCGUGCCAAAAGUUCUGGCAAUCAGUAGCGGCCGCUUGAAGCUGGGCGACUUUGGGGUGGCCAAGGUGCUCGCCGGCACCACCGUCAUGGACAACAUGACCUGCGUGGGCUCGCCAACCUACAUGGCCCCGGAGAUUGUGUCGGGGGAGCCCUACGGCGCCCCAUGCGAUGUGUGGAGCCUGGGGGUCAUUCUCUACGAGCUCGCCAGCUUCAAGAGGCCCUUCGAGGGCAGAAGUUUGGGGGAGUUGGUGAUGCGCAUCUCCUCCGGCCAGUUCCAGGACAUUGGCACUCACCUCCUGGAAAAGCCAUCGCCUUGGGACGCAACUGGCCAACGGCCCUUGGCGCGCAUCGACCAGAGGGCGCGGGCGAGCCUAGACCUCCAGUGCCCGUUUCUCCUGUGCUUCAAAGGGCGAGCCUCGAAAAAGACGAGCGGCGGGCCGACGGGCCUUCCGCCGGGCCUUGCUCCGGAUCGAGCCAUGGACCCGGCCAUCACCACCCACGUGCUGAACACCGCCUCCGGGUCCGCGGCGGCGAAGGUCGCAGUGAGGCUCAGCCGCAAGACGGGGGUCGCGCCCAGCGGGGACUUCUUGUGGGAACCAGUGCAGGAGGGUGUCACGGACGAGAAGGGCCGCCUGGGGCUUUUGGAGGGCCUCAAGGUGCAGAGGGGGGAGGUCUACGAACUGAUCUUCGACGUGGCGGGCUACUUUGCCGACCAAGGCGUGGAGUGCUUCUACCCCUCGGUGAAGGUCGCCUUUGUGAUCCAGGAGGGUCAUCACCACGUGCCUCUGCUGAUCGCACCCUUCGCGUACUCAACCUACAGAGGCUGCUGA